AUGGCUAAUAAAUUAAAACCUCAAGAGAUUUAUGAACUGCUGGAUGGUUACAAUUCUGAGUUAGAUACGUUAGACGACAGUGAUGAUGAACAAGCCCCAAAUGAAUUACACCAGAUGAACGAAGAAGGACAAUUUCCGAAUGAAGUUUUGGAAACACUACUUGCGGAGUUUAAUGCGACUGAAACAUUUUUUGAAAAUGAAACCAAUGAUGAGCCAAAUGCCGAGGUUGAUUUAAAUCUUAACUAUACACAUCAGGUAUUGAACUAUUUUGAUAAGAUUUUACGAAUGGAUGUUACUGCAAAAAAUGAAAUAAAAUGGGUCUCACAACCUUUCGUCCCUCCAAAACUUUCAAUAGACGAUAUUAUUGAUUUUGAAACUAUGGCAUUAUUUACAAACAUGUAUGCACAUCAAAAUACGUUCUCGUGGAAAAAAAAUACCGAUAAAUAUGAGAUACGAACUUUUAUUGCGUUACAUAUACUGACUGGUUGUUUACGUUUUGCUAGAAUUUCGAUGUCUAAUUUUCACGUUAUAGAUAACAUGAAAAUUCCAACUGGUAAUAAAGAUCGAUUUGUAAAAGUUCGUCCCAUGUUUGAUUGCAUUCUAAAAAGAUGUAGAGAACUAGUAAAAGAGCGUAACCUAUCAAUCGAUGAACAGAUUGUUCCAUUCACUGGCCAUUUAAAUGUGAAACAAUAUUGCAAGGGAAAACCAAAUCCGUGGGGCAUUAAAAUUUUCAUGUUGUGUGGCGCCAGUGGCGUAAUUUAUGAUUUUAUUAUCUAUCAAGGCAGCGAGACCGAAUUUUGUCCUCGAUUUAAAAAUAAAUUUGGUUUAGGCGCUUCAGUUGUUCUACAACUAACAGAACAUAUCGAAGAAAAUAAGCACUUUUUAUUCUUCGAUAAUUAUUUUGCUAGUUAUAAUUUGUUCGAAGUAUUGUUGCAACGGAAAAUAUUUGCAGCAUCAACCAUACGAGUGGAUAGAUUUUCAAAGCCCCCGUUUUUGAACGAUAAAGUGCUUGCUUCCAUAGGGAAAGGGGCAACACAUGAAAUUCGCAAUGACGAAAAUACUAUCGCACUGUUAAAAUGGUAUGACAGUAAAUCGGUUCACAUUGCAUCAAAUUUUAUUGCAUCUGGAAAUGUAGACAAUGUCGAACACGGUGGGAUAAAAAAUCAAAAAAAUAUGAUACAGUUGAACGUCCAGAAGUAA